AUCAGAGAUACAAAAGAAAGGGGAUUGGAAACGACCGCCCACGCCCUAUGUAAAAGGACUGACAUCCGGUGAAGCACUCCGUGUAAUUAUUGCGCUCGCAAAUAAUUACAUGGAAAAGUUUUGUAUCCCUGGUUUCUAGCUCUCCUAUCCACUAGAGAUCACUCAGGGCCUGGGAGAUACUUGAGAGAAGUAAGCUUAUACCACUGACAAGCUCUAAGUCCGUUGUCUUUACUCUGUUUCCAAUUUUUUUGAGUUUAGCUUGAAUUACUCUAUGUCAACUUUUCUCUGUCCCUCCUGUGAAGUCAAAACAGCAAAGGACAUUGCUUGACUUGGUUAUUAUGUAUCUAAGUGCUACAUAGAAUGGCUUCAUGCUAUAAAUAAGCUGUACUGUUCAUAAACGUUUGCAGUAUAGUCCUUCAAACUGCUUUAGUAUACUUUUAGACACGCCACGGGCCUGUCCCUCCUACGACUUCAUAGUAAAGGCUAUUUCUUCUUGCAUAGCAUUUAUUUGUCUAGUAAUAGUGGCUGCAUGGCUUAGUCGACUUUUUAGAGCUAAAUUCUCUUUACUUUUUAGAAAAAUCAACAUUAAAAAUGAUCAAUUUCACUGUUUCUAUGUACAGCACAUUGUAGAGCAGUCAAGACUGGUAAUGAGCAUGCUGACUAUAAAUAUAAUCCUUUGUAGUUUUAGCCACGCCCUAUAACACGGAAUGCUUCACGCAAAAAUUUCGUAAAAAUUUCGUUUCCAAUCCCCUUUCUUUUGUAUCUCUGGUAUAAUGAGAGACGAUAUCAAGAAGCUUCUGUAACCCUUCAGGUGAGUCCGCAAUGAGAGCAAGAUCGUCUGCAUACAUUGGGGAGGGACAGUGGACUGAGCCAACCAUUGCACCUAGGCCGCUGUAGCUGGGCAAGCAGAUCAUCAACAAAAACUGAGUAGAGAAGCGGAGACAGAAUAGCACGUGAUCUGACCCGGGGAGGAGUCUGGCCUCGAGGCUACAAGAUGGCUACAAGAUAUAGCCAGCUCAGUAUUGAUAUUGAUACUCUGAAGCAGAAGACUGGGGUAACAGACACCCAGCUAGACCAAAGAAUUGAGCAGGAACAAUUGUGGAGCCUGGCUGGUUUACUUGGCAGCUACAAUAAGUUUGUUAGAAAGCCAGGGUUUGAUCUCAAUAAUGCCGAUAUAGCAGAUCUGGAGACCAUUGCCUCUAAGCGUAAUGGAAAUCAACAGGCCAUGUGUGAAGCUUUAAGGAAAUGGGGAAAUGUCAUCCGUGACUUCACUUAUCGGUCGUUGUUGGAGAUUUUGAUUAGUCUUCGUGAAGGAGCUUUGGCUGACCAAGUGUGUAGGACUUUCAUCCAGACACAAGCCAGUGAGCUGAAUAAAGAAGACGCUGUGUCCUUGUCACCUGCACCAGGUAGAAUAUCACUGCCACCAAUUCAUGACAUACCAAAUUCCUUGGCGACAGGCACUACAACUGCUGACCGCAUUAAAGAGUUUGAUACGAGGUUUAGGGAUCUACGAAAGAUAGCUCUCAAAGAGAUAACUGAGAAACGAAUACCUGUGACUGAUUUUCGCCAAACACUCAUGAAUUUACCAUGCCCUAUCACAAGUGAAAACGAAGAUUUCAUCAUAUCAAAAUAUCCCUUGUUUGAAAAAGCAGAGUCAAUCGAAAGCAUCUUUGUGCAUCUCAAUUUCUACCUGAGUUUUAUUGAUUUCAGCCUUCUUGAGCAUAUCAUAGAGCAAUUUGGUAGUGAUAGUCUGAAACGAGACAUGAGCAGCUAUGCAGAAGACAUGAGACACUUCAGAAUGAACACCCCCGUUAGCGAAGCACUUGGCCAUCUUCCUAGAAAUUCAGAUACUCCUGUUGGUUACUCUCGUAUCAAAGCGAAAUUUGCUUGUGAUGUUCAGACUGCAACUCUUGAAGACGUAGACACGUACAGGAAAGGCCUUGCCAAAAGGUGCUUGCUCUCCCCGCUAGCCCUUUCUUUGUUUGACCUCCAGGAGAGCUCACUACUGGUUACAUGGCUAGUGCCUGCUGCUGUAGUAGCAAUGAUCAGUGAUCAAGUGCAGAAGAAAACAGCUUCUUUCUUUUUAAGCAACAAUAUUCUCAAACUAUCACUCGAAGGAAAAUGUCUCUACCCGAUGGUAAAGGUUAGUCAAUCAGGUAUAGAGGGAUCUGGUGGUGCUAUGAUUGGAGCUGAAGCUGUGACCUCUCUUAAACCACAUCAAAGGAUAGCGGAUGAAAUGAAGCGAACAAUUGACCUCGAACCUAAUCAUCGUGGACUUGCUAUUGUUGCAACAAAUCAUUCGUUGAUCUUUACAUACAUGCUCAUGGAUACAUUGAGAUUUGCUGUAUACGAGCCUCGAGAUAAACUAACACUAAAGGCAUACAUGCAAGCUGUAGAUCUUGUUAAGCUGAAACACCACCCCAUAAUAGUGUCGGUAUCUGGAAGAGGAGAGGGUAAUGAUCUGCACACUGCUUGUGGUGACAUCAACAUCAAGGAAGAUAUUAUGGCACCACUAUUCCCUCCUAUUGCCACACACCUUGCCAACAACCCAAAAAUAUUUUUGUUCGUUUCCUUUUCUUCUAAACACCAUGUUUUUCAGUUCAUUGAAGCAAUCUGGGAAAACUACAUUAUUGGUUUUAUUAGUUAUCUCAGUGAUGAGAUCAUGAGAAGAGUGACUGGCAUAUGGGACGAACUGGCAUCCUCUUCUAUGUCCGUGCAAAAUAUCUUCACUUCAAUUCACGACCAGCUUCCACCCACUGCUACCAUGACUGUGAUUGACCGUCUCAAGGAACCAAUCUACUUGCAGUCUUCAUACACUUCAUGUCAUACCACAUUAGCACCAAGCUCUGCGGAGUCUGAUUAUGUAUCACAUCUAGAUGAACUAUUAAUCGAUGAACUAUUAAUCGAUGAACAAUCAUUCGGAUACGAAAUAUCACCAAUGAGUCUCUCAUCGACAAGACGAGUCGAGUGAGAAACUCCGAAUUGAUGAAGAUUCACUCUUAUAGUACUCACCUCAUGCAUGCAUCUUAUUAGUAUAUCUUUUUAAUUACCUUGUGUACAAUUUUUACAAAAUGGCUAUUAAAUGAAACAGAGCUAACUACUCAA